AUGGUUCUUAGAAGCCACCCCUUCCCCAGGCAAGAGAGGCCCCAGGGGAGUGUCCCCAGGGCGGUUCCUGGGAGCCCUGUGGAUCCCAGCACUUCCACACACUCUGAGGACAGUGAUGGUCCCUCUUCUUCAGUGGGGACAGUCAUGGGGACAGGUAUAGGGGGCCUGGUCGAGGCUGGAGGUCAGCCACAGACAAGAAGCUCCGAGACCAACGGAACGCCCAGCCCAGACCCUCCCCCAGGCCUAAGAGGAGAGGGAACCAGGGAGAAAAGUCUAGACUCGCUGUCCCAAGCUGCGGUGCCCAGGGGCCCCCCACAGCCCCCUGCACAGAGGCCGUCUGGUCCCGUGGCCUGCUCCUCUGUGAGGCGCUCACAGCCGGUACCCCAGCCACGGAAACGCAGCGGGUGUGAAAUCGCCCCGACCUCGCAGCAGGAGGUCAGGCCGGCCGCCUCAGGGGACCCUCCAGGGGAGGCGCCGGGGCAGGGGGGCAGCCCUGCUGGCCGCAGCGGGGCGCUCACAGAGAAGCAGAAGGAGGCCCGGAAACUCCUGGUGUUUCUGCAGAGGCCCGGGAGUUGGGGGGUGGUGGAGGGGCCCCGGAAGCCCAGCUCCCGGGCCCUGGAGCCCACCACGGCGGCGGCCCUGCGCGCGCGGCUGGACCUGGGCAGUUGCCUGGACGUGCUGGCCUUUGCCCAGCAGCACGGGGAGCCUGGCCUGGCGCAGGAGACCUACGCGCUGAUGAGCAACAACCUGCUGCGAGUGCUGGGAGACCCCAGCCUCUACCGCCGGCUGAGCGCAGCCGACCGCGAGCGCAUCCUCAGCCUGCGGACUGGCCGGGGCCAGGCGGUGCUGGGUGUCCUCGUACUGCCCAGCCUCUACCAGGGGGGCCGCUCAGGGCUCCCCAGGGGCCCUCGUGGCGAGGAGCCUCCUGUGGCGGCCCCUGUGCCCCUGCCUCUACGUUCGCACCUGCAUGUGUUCAACCCCCGGGAGAACACCUGGCGGCCCCUGACCCAGGUGCCCGAGGAGGCCCCGCUCCGGGGCUGCGGUCUCUGCACCAUGCACAACUACCUGUUUCUGGCGGGGGGCAUCCGAGGCUCCGGUGCCAAGGCCGUCUGCUCCAACGAGGUCUUCUGCUACAACCCUCUGACCAACAUCUGGAGCCAGGUUCGGCCUAUGCAGCAGGCCCGAGCCCAGCUCAAGCUGGUGGCCCUGGACGGGCUGCUGUAUGCCAUCGGUGGCGAGUGCCUGUACAGCAUGGAGUGCUACGACCCGCGUACAGAUGCCUGGACCCCACGCGCGCCUCUCCCCGCAGGCACCUUCCCUGUGGCCCACGAGGCUGUGGCCUGCCGUGGGGACAUCUACGUCACAGGGGGUCACCUCUUCUACCGCCUGCUCAGGUACAGCCCUGUGAAGGAUGCUUGGGACGAGUGCCCAUACAGUGCCAGCCACCGGCGUUCCAGCGACAUCGUGGCGCUCGGAGGCUUCUUAUACCGUUUCGACCUACUGCGGGGUGUGGGCGCGGCGGUCAUGCGCUACAACACGGUGACCGGCUCCUGGAGCAGGGCUGCCUCCCUGCCCCUGCCCGCCCCCGCCCCACUGCGCUGCACCACCCUGGGUAACACCAUUUACUGCCUCAACCCCCAGGUCACUGCCACGUUCACCGUCUCUGGGGGGACUGCCCAGUUCCAGGCCAAGGAGCUGCAGCCCUUCCCCUUGGGGAGCACAGGGGUCCUCAGCCCAUUCAUCCUGACUCUGCCCGCUGAGGACCGGCUGCAGACCUCACUCUGAGUGGCAGGCAGAGACCCAAAGCUGCCUCAGGGCUCUGCAGGGAGACCCUCCUGGGAUGGGCCUGAGAGGCCAGGGCUCAGGGAGGGGCUGGGAUCGGAACCUCCUGCUCUUGUUUCUGGACAACUUUCCCCUUCUGCUUUAAAGGUUGUCAAUUAUUUUGAAGCCCAGACGCCCUCAGCCUCUUUCUGCCCCUUACUCCACACUCAAACUGUUUCCUGACUCAAUUCUGUGCCUGCUUACAGACCCACUCAGCCUGCUCACACCCCUCUGUCUGUGGGACUCCCCAUUCCCUAGAGCCAGGGACUGAUGCGUCCCCGCAGACAAGGACCUGGCUUGCUGGAGCUCUGCUGAGCCGAGAGAGGAGGGGGUAGAAAACGUUCACACUUCCUAGGCUCUUGUCAGCAGGACAGGGAGCAAAAACGUCCCCAGGCAAUGCCCUCACCUCUGGGACUUUCUGCCUGUCCUAAGGCCUCCCCAGGUACCAACCCUGUAGCCAUCUGGGUCUGUUUGGCGCUGUGGAUUCUCAAGGGCCUAGAACCCUUGCCUCUGAAACUGGGUCCGUUGGUGCUGUCCUGCAGUCUGCAGCCCCUACCCAUACCCCCAGCCCAUACCAGGCCAGGCUCACUCCGGGCUCACCACUCUCUGCAGCCUUGUGGGGCUCUCCCAGCCCUUCCAGAAGCCCACCCCACUUCUCACCAAUCCCCCACCUCUAAAUGAGGCCUGAGCGUCACCCUAGUUCUGCCCCUUUUUAGCUGUGUGGACUUGGACAUUUGACUUCCCUUUCUCCUUGUCUGUAAAAUGUGGACGGUGGACAUCUGUCGCCCAGGAGAGUUGUGGGAGACAAGAUCGCAGCUGUGAGCACCUUGCACGGUGUCCAGGAUGCACAGCACAAUCCAUGCUGUGUUUUCUCCCUUACGCACUUUGAAACCCAUGCUAGAAAGGUGAAUAAAUCUGACUAUGGCCCACUCCAACCUCCAGCCUGGGUGUCCCUGUCUGGGCUCUUUUUUUUGUUUUUUAUUCUAUGUUCAGCACCACUGGCACCAAAUACAUUUUAAUUCACCGAAAGCA